GUACGCUGUAAAGCUGUCGCUUGAACUGUCCCCUUCAUGCUUAUUAGAUCUUGAUUUCUCUUCAUUUCGUAUCAGACAUGGCUUCUGAUUCUACCCCCGCGAAGCCAGGGGGCACCUUGUCACUCUACGCCAAUCUUCUAGAUCCAUCUGCCGAUAACUCGCCCGGAACGAUCGCUCGCGCCCCGGUCGUCUUUAAGCAGAGUAGCACUACCGAGAAUAAUGACACUCAGUCCGAUGAAUCCGCUGCCAAAAAGCAGCAGCUCAGUGCUGCUUCUCUCAGAUUUCAGCCUACCAAGAGGCCCCAGCUAGCAGCCCAGAAACCGAAACCGAAACCGACCUUACCAAAGGCUGCUGCUGCACCCGCGGCCCCGGCAGCAGCCCCCGUGAAGACUACUCUCGCAGAUUGGGCAGCCACUGAGGAUGACGAUGUCAAUGGAUUCUAUGCCGGUCCGAAGAGGCAACGAGGUGGGCGCAAGAAGCGCAAGAAGAACCGCGAGGCGCAGGAGUUUGUGCAGAACUGGGACGACAUUUAUGACCCGUCGCGACCAAACAACUACGAAGAGUACAAGCACAGUGACGAACAAAUAGCCGAGGUGAGGGAGUGGAAAGACCGUCUUUACGCACACCGCAUGGCCAGAUCGCCCAGCAGGGACUCACUAAGUGACGAUGAAUAUGCACGACCCAUGAACCGUAAAUUUGCUCCUCCGAGCAGCUUCGCGCCGCCUCCCAAUCUCAACGAUAUGCCGCCCAGGCCCCCCAUUGAAUCUCCUCCAGAACGAACAAGCGAAACCCCAGGAGAUAUCUCCAUGUCGGAUGCUCCUCCACCGCCACCCCCGACCGAUGAGCCGCCCGCGCAAGUUCCGGAUGACCCUACAGGCGAAGAUGCCUACUUACGGCGCCUUCAGUUGUCAAUGGGCAACCAGCCUGCAGCAGCUCCGGCUGUCCCACCACCGCCCAGGCCCUUAGAAUCCUUACAACCAGCUUCCGCAACUAUAUCCCGAGCACCUGUUCGCUACACGCUUCCUCCUCCACCCGAGGACAUACCUGCGUCGGAGGCGGAAUUGGAAGAAGUCUUCGCAAAGGAGCAGCCAGUGGAAGAUGAACCGGAGGAUGAGAGCCAGCGUUCGCUGCGGCCAGGACAGAAGGGAUUUGCUGAACGUCUCAUGGCCAAGUAUGGCUGGACUAAGGGCUCUGGUCUGGGUGCUACGGGCACCGGCAUUGUCAAGCCAUUGCAAGUCAAGGUUGAGAAGCAGAAGAAGCGACCGGACUCCGAAGGUGGAGGCUUCGCGACGCCCGCUGGUCGGGGCAAGAUCAUUGGUGGCGCAAGGAAGAAUGAAGAGGAGGGGAAGUUCGGUCCAAUGAGUGAAGUCAUUAUCUUAAAGGGUAUGCUUGACGGAAUGGACUUGGAUGCUGAGUUAGCUGGGGAUGGCGAGGGUGGUGGUCUCAUGCAAGAGAUUGGUGAAGAGUGUUCUGAAAAGUACGGUCGUGUUGAACGUGUCUUCAUACCCCGAGACUCGGCACCUCCAGUGCCAGUUUUUGUCAAGUUCACCAAUCAGCUAUCGGCUCUACGUGCCGUCAACGCUCUUGAGGGUCGGAUAUUCAGUGGGAAUGCUAUCACUGCCCGGUUCUACGAUGUACAUACUUUUGAACAGGGGAUAUACGAUAGCUAGUAGCCCGAAGGGAAUCUGUACAUGAUACCUCACAAGUCGCGAACUGAAGAAUACAAGCAAGGGACAAUUCUCUCACCUUUUACGGCACUUAGUGUAGUCAUUUUGUGGAGCCAGAACAAGACUACUAGGAAAAUGCAUCCAAUUCGGUGACUCUUAUCUGUUGACCAGGUCACUGUUUGCAUUGAUACCAGUGCUUAGAGACCAGGUAUCAUGAUGUCCCCUGUGG